AUGGAAGAUGUAAACCAGCUGGAAGAUCGUUGCAGUGGAAGAAAUGGGACCUGUAAAAGUGUUGGGUCAAGUAAGCUUGGACACCUUUGUUUCUUUACUUCUGUCUUGUGUAACCUGGCGGGUGGUAUUGACGUUGUAUCAUGGAAGUGUUUACUGAGGACUGUCGUUGAUCCUCACAACGCUUUUCGGAGUGAAGUACUGAAUGGAGGAUUGACUCUAGGAGAGCCUUUGAUUACCUUUGCUGGCGACAAGGAGACAUACAAAAGUGAUCAGAAGAAAAAUCACGAGGAAACCAUAGUGGCCACCAACGAAAAUAUUUCAGAUGAAACGUCCUUAACUGGAGAAGACAAAGAUAUUAGUUUCAAAGACAAAAUGAACAAUGAAUCUUCAAGUUUUGUUUCGAACUACGAACUUGAUAAAAAUAACGAGGGUGUGGCACUUAAUGAUGAUGUCAUAUCACCCUCGAGACUCACAGAAAGACUUUACAGUCAGCUGGAAAGCAAUGAAGCUAAAUUGUCUGGAUUUCACUUUGAGAAGGAUCCCUUUGGAGGAGAAGUUCUCAUCGGUCCUAUGUCACAGGCGAUUGCUGAUAACGACGAUGCAUUCGUGCAUCAGAAUAACUCCCAGAAUGCAGUUUCUGCCGAAAACGACAAAAUGACGACUUUAAAAGGAUCAGAAACGCUAAAAGGCUCUCGUAUAGAGGGCCACUUAUUGAAAGAUCCCCUUGCGAAAGUAUCGUAUGUAUUAAACCAUGAUGGAGAAGAUCUCAAUCACACAUUGCCAACUACUAAUGACUCUACCAUAGCUAGCGAUGGCCUGGGAAACAACGAAGAUAACGCUAAUGUAGAUCAAGGUGAGAACCGCUCAAGUAAAAAUAAUGUAGAGGAGGCAAACACAAAUUCAAGCAGUAUGGUCUCGAAUACUGAAGUCUCUCAUGGCCUUGGUGCGUUUUCAAAAGGUGAUUCCAUUGCAUUGCAGAACUCAAAUGUCAUGAACCGUUUUCAGAAUGAAACUGUCGAUAACUCGAAGCCAAAUACUGAUCAUGGCAUGGGUCAUGAGGUUUCCAAUCAAUCAGCUACAUCAGCGCAAUAUGUUAACAUCUCGUCACACUCUUUAAACAUCCAGCUACCAGAACUUGUCAAAAGCGUUGUAGAGCGUUUGGGGAACCUAGGUACUCAAUAUGUUUCGCUUGAAUUAGCAAAACAUCCAGUGAUGAAGGACAUUUGGGCAAGUUCCAUUGCACAAGCUCUUCUUAAAGAAAGCGAUAAAAUUUCUCAACUUGAUUCUGGGAAGAAAGUAGGAAUUAUUUCGGACUCAAGUAGAAUUUUUGAGUUAUUAACUGACUUGUCUAAAGAUAGCGCCCAGGAAGGUCAGAGGCCAAAAGAAAGUAACCGAACUGCGAGUAGUCCACUCACGAUGGGCCAAAUGAAAGAACUGGCUCAGAAAAUAAAGGAGAAACUCAAUGCUCAUUCCCUGUCCGAGCCAACCAUCGGAAAUGCUGAUAACUCUCUACUGUUACAUAAAUUGAAAAAAGCAACACAUGCUGAGGGAGAAAGAAACCCAACACCAACUUCUGAUACGACUGAAUCACCUCAAGUAGGACAAGAACAGGAAAAUAAUCAUACUCAAGGAGUUCAUCUGGGACCAUUAAAAAAACCUAUAACACCAGCAGCUCCCAAACUUAACUUCAAAGUGGAAGAAAACAAUAACUUUCAUUUGAUUUCCAAGACUGCUGGGAGAAUUGCAGGUGGAGGAAACACUAAAGCUAGUGAACAGCAAGCUUAUAACAGAAAACCAAUUCUGACGCCCUUAAUAUCUGGGUUCAUUUCCGACAAAGAAAUCCCGGCGCAGUUUGGUGGAAGUAAUAUGGACGAACCAUCGAUUUCUAAUGGGCCUUUUGUGACACCCUCCUCCAAUAAAGCGAAUCAUCCUAUACAGCUACCUCGAGUACACGAAAAUCCAACAACAGAUUUGUCAAAGUUAACAAAUGAAAUUUAUUCAUCGGCAACUUCUGAUCGGGCUAUAGAUGCACCUUUCCUCUACAACAACUUCACGAGUCUGGAUCCUGAUGAAGCCAAAUAUGUCCAACUGAAUCUCAUGAGCGAUCCGGUCGCAAAAGAAAGCUUUACUGAUGCCAUUAGUCCAUUUUCAAGCCAAUAGCAACUCCAGGACGAAGAUGCCAGGGAGGCAAGUUUUCUUGAGCAGCAAAUCAACGAUGCCGGUCAUUUAGUUCAGGAGAUUUUCCCCAGUCUGAACUCAACUGUACCGAAGGAAAAUAAUGGUGAGUUUUUUGGCAAUCCGUUAGCAAAAGCUAAUGGUGAAGAGUUCUACAGAAGAAAUAACCAUUUCCUUAAUGCUGAAAAUAGAGUAAAUGAGAAAACCAUGGCUUCUGUUGUUGAUGAGGACCAAAACAUUUCGUCUUAUCCAGCCUCUAAUCAACUACAGAGCCAAGAAAAUCAACAGAUAUUCUACCCUGACGCAACUCAAAAGUCGUAUUUGGCACCCUCUAGUCUCUAUAAGGGACUUAGCCAUCAAGAUAGAACAAGGAGCCAAGCUGGUGUGGGUCAAAUGUCAUUAAGUCCGAAAACGGCUCCAGAUAUUUCUUCGGCAAAUCUUGUUCCUUUCAGUAAACUUGCUGAGCUCCAAGGAGCAUUCACCUUGAUCAAACCAAAACAAUCCAGCUAUCAAUCCCAAAAUAUUGAAAAUGGCCAAAAUUUGGACAUUGGAGGAGGUGGGGAGACAAGUUAUGGAUCUCAAUUUGGAGUAAACCCAUUUCAAGCGUUACUGGGGUGGCCACAAAAGAAACACAUCAUACAAUUGAGCAAAAGAAAACACAGAAAGAAUUCCAAUCAGAAAGCAGACGCUAAUGAAUCAUCUUCUACGGCCUCUUUGCUUAAUUAUUCACCGAUACAUACCAAAAUAUACAAAAACGCUGGUCUCAGGAUAAAACCGACGAAAUCUCGUAAUCAACCGGGGACUCGAGAUUCUGAGAUAAGUCCCUCUUCUGUCAUAUUUGGACUGACGGCUAAAGAGAUGAAGGAACUUGAGACACAUUUAGCUCACACACCACAUGCUGUAGGUGGUGCCAGCGAGAAUACCAGUGUACAAGAGGAAUCACCUGCAACUAAAGGCUAUUACAACACUGCGACAGAUGAAGAGCAAGAAAUUUCUGUCCAGAAAGUAUUGAAAGAUCAGAAGUUGACAAGAAAAGAGACAAACCCCAGUCCGUUACACCGAAAAAAGGCACAUACGAUAAAACAUGACAAGCCUAGUACGAAAAGGUUACGCAAAAAAUUUGACUGUAACAUGAUCAAGAAAAGAGAUCUUGGGUCAUGGGAAUCAUCCAUGGACGUUCUCAACAGUGACUUAGAUCAAAUACGAGGUCUGAGCCCUAAAGCUCAAGAGGAUAUCUCUAAAGUCAUUCUGAAGGACUACGAUGGGCAUCAGAGAAAUAUUAAAGGAAUAGAGACAUUUCCAUUUGAUGAGCACGAUCUUAGUUAUUCUUUUGAACGUUCAUUGCAAGCUCCUGGAGGAAGAAACUAUAAGAGGUUGGGAAUUUUGAAACAUUAUAGGACGCACAGUCAAUAUCGACGACAAUUGUACGGUGAUGACGUGGUGGAACGCAUCACUGCAGAUGCAAAAAAUGGUGUAAAAGAUUUUCACAAGGAAACUGACAAAAACACACCGCAUUUAAUAAGAGGGAAUAAAAUUCUUAACGGUGAUGUGAUUCCUCUCGAUGAUGUGAAAAACGAGUUCGUCCAAGGAUUGUUACUUGAAACGCUCCGUAAAGAAAGCGAAGGAGAUCUGAAGUAUGCGAACGGUAUUGCGAAACACGAUAUUGACCGAAUGAAAAACAUGUUUCAAGGUGCUGGAGAUGAAAUUGGCAUGAAGAGAGAUUCAAAGGGGACAUUAAAACCAACCAAACAAGGGGAUUUUAAGGUUAACAAAGUUGGAACAUUCCUCCAGCCCAAUAAAAGACAAUCCAAGUCAAGAAAGCAUGCAGCGAGAAGGGAUGUUACUGAUUGGGCGACUGAAUUUAACGAUGGCACUUUUCGAAGCCCUGACUUUGAAAGACAAUUAUCCCGCGCUCUGAAACAGGAAAGUGAACACGACUUGAACUAUGUGGAUACGUUGGAGAGCCUGGAUAAGCCAGGGCUGAGGAAGGGGGUAGAUUUUUCUGCUUCUCAAAGUAAUCCGACGGGGGGAGAUGCAAGAGACGCUUUUCGUGAGCAAGGUGUGAAAGAAUCCAGUCACAGGGACUAUCUACUGAACACCCAAAAGAAGUUGAAGGCGUUCCUACAAAAUUCAAAUCACAGUAGCGAGGGCUUGGCCCAUCAGAAGCAUGAGCUCGGUGGAAAGAGAGAAUGGACAAAUUCUGAAAUUCAGGGGAGUGUUUUUCGUGAUUUGACACCAGAAGGAAAAGUAUUGAAUACUGAUUAUAAAGAUCUGGGUUCCUUUGGAUCUGAUGCUCAAGCACAACUCGUAUCGGUGCUAAACAUUGCAAACAACGGUGAUCAGAGAGAUUUAAAAGAGCUGGAAAAGAUUGACAAAGUUGAUGAAAAGGACGUAGAAAGUCUCUUUAAACCAUCUGCUGAGGCUUUUAAGAGAUCAAUCCUUGCUAAGUCGGCUGGAAACAAAGAAGGGACCAUCGAGACCAUUGCGGACAUUCCCGAUCCUGAAUCAAAAGAGAAAGAAAGAAAUAUUGUUGUAAGCGGCGAUAAAGAGGACUCAGGGUGGAGUGCAUGGUCUAAGUGUUCCAAGUCCUGUGGUGAUGGAAGCAUGAAAACGAGGUCUUUGUACUGUAACGGGAGUUCUCCUUUUGAAUCUAUUGCCAAAUGUCCCGGAUGGAACCACCAGACAGUGCCCUGUGAUGUUCCACAAAACUGUCCAGUAAAUGGCGGAUUCACACAGUGGACAGAAUGGUCUGCGUGUUCAGAGACCUGCGGUUCGAGGGCUGUACGAAUGCGCAUGCGACUUUGCACCAAUCCCCCGCCUGCUUUUGGAGGAAAAGACUGCAAUGGCUGGAGAUUCCAAGUUGAAUAUUGUAAAGCAAAAGACUGCCCUCAGAGACCUGGCAGCCCACACCGAAACGAGAUGGAGACCUCGAAAAAAGGCAAGGAAAUAAUCUUUAGGACGUUAUCUUCAACACCCGUGAUAGAAGAAAUGUCGAAGCGUCUUCCUAGUACAGACAUCGAAAACGACAACAGUGCAAAAAGGAUUGCGCGAUACAGUGGAUUGGCACAUAUUGAUGAAGGAUUAGCAAACAUACCCUCCGUACAGUCACUUCUUCACGCGUCUCAUCAACAAGGUAACUUAAGAGAAAUUCCCAGCGCACCAAACGCGUUUGGCUUUCAACAAAUGCCAAACAUGAAACAGUUAACAAGUUCACUGGCAAAUUUUCCUUCCUCGAAAUUCAUGUCCUCAAUGCAGUUUCUGAGGCCUGGAGUAGGUUCGAUGUCACAGCAACAACAAGAGACUUACGAAAACGGCGGUAAGGUCAUUCACGUGCAAGGAAAUAACGAAAACAUCGGGUUCACGUCAUGGAGCGGGUGGACUGUUUGCAGCGCCUCGUGUGGACGCGGUAUUCGGACACGUUCACGUUCAUGUAUCGAUAUCUUGAACUUGAUUGGUGUUGACAAUUCGUGUGUGGGACCCAAAGUACAAACAAAGCAUUGCCGUGUCCGAAAAUGUCCUGUGGACGGCCAUUUCUCACCGUGGACUGACUGGUCGGAGUGUUCCAAGACUUGUGGAUCUGACUCAUAUCGGAAACGUGAAAGGACAUGCACUGACCCCCCUCCCAGGCACGGCGGGGAGGAUUGUGUGGGCAAGACUGUGGAAAGACGCCACUGCUUGAAGCCGCCUUGUUCGCUCAAACAGGAAGCUUAUAACGCAAGCAAAGUGUUUGUACAAAGUGUUAAGUUUCAAAAUGCUUCUUCAAAUUCUACUGAUGGUUUCACUGAGUGGGGCCCGUGGUCUCAAUGUUCAAAGACCUGCGGUUCUAAUUUAUUGCGCGUGCGUAAGCGCUCGUGUUUCAAACAGAGUCAUGAAAGCUGCACUGGUUCUACUUCGGAGGUGAAACCCUGUUUACUGCCGCCAUGUCCAGGAGACACCAUUCCUGGAUUUAAUAGAACUAAAGCUGGGCUCCCCGUGACUGUUUCACAUAACAUCUCUGUGAGAAAUGAGUUUGAUUGGAGUCCCUGGUCCGUCUGUACAAAAACCUGCGGUUUUGGCUCCUACCGCACGCGCGAGAGAACUUGUUCUUUUUCCAUGCCAGAAGACGUCAAAAAGUCAUGCAUUGGGUCAGAGAUUCAGAAGGUCCCUUGCAAGGUACCCGCGUGCCCGAAAAUGAAAACAGCAAUUCCCAAUGCUAUCCUUCGACAAAAAAGUUCUGUUAACAAAACUCUUACUCCACUUCAUAAAACUUCAAGUGCGCAUGUCCCAGCAGUUCAACAAUCCACUCCAACCCAGUCUCAAAACACUACCUCUAGGCCCCCGGUCAUGUCACCUGAUUUACAAGCGAUGGCAGCUUUGGCAGCUGUGAACAAGCCAUCCAUUUUACCGGGAGUUAACCUUUCAGAAUCAAAUUACACAGAGUGGUCACCUUGGUCUAAAUGCUCCCCCAGCUGUGGUCUAAGAGCCGUGAUGGUUCGACGACGUACCUGCAAGCUGAUUGGUGGAAAGAGCUGUCAAGGUCCUUUUACUCAGAGAAAGCCUUGUCAGUUUACGAAAUGCACAGUUGAUGGUGGUUUUUCCCCUUGGUCUCGAUGGUCGUACUGUACCGCGACCUGUGGUACCAGUGCAGUUAGCCGUCGGGAGCGCAUAUGCAACAAUCCUAAACCAGGAGCAGGUGGACGGGACUGUUUGGGUGAAUGGUCACAGGUUAAGAGCUGUGGAAGGAAACCAUGUUCUGUGAAUGGAGGUCUUACUGGUUGGACAGCAUGGUCUGCUUGUACUAAGACUUGUGAUACAAACACUGUUAGUGUCCGGGAGCGAUACUGCACUAACCCUCCCCCACAGGGUAGAGGUAAAGACUGUGCUGGUCAGAGAAUGCAAGCCAGAGCAUGUGCCUCUUCAAAGUGUCCAGUUGACGGAAAUGUAUCUGCAUGGUCUGUAUGGUCUCAGUGCCACGGCCGGCGCUGUGGAAGAGAAUUAAGAAAGAGAACGCGCACGUGUUCAAACCCACCACCUGCUAAUGGCGGGAAAUUCUGCGUUAAGCCACUGGUACAAACUAGAAGAUGUCAAACAAAGCACUGUAAAUCUACUCUUGGAUUUAGUCAAUGGUCUUCGUUCGGGAGAUGCUCCCGUUCAUGCGAAGGUGGGAUAAAGAAGAGGAGAAGAAGGUGCAAAAUACCUUCUAAAGGUUGCCAUGGUCUCAGGAUACAGAGAAAACACUGUAACAUUCAUAGAUGUCCAAAUUCAAAUUACCUGGUUCGAGCUGAUCCUCUUGAGCUGUGCGGUUACCAUCCGUGUAAGGUUUCCAAAUGUGUAACAGAACCUACGGCAAUGUGCGUCAGUAACUUCAAUUGUAAACCGAUCUUCUUCGAUAGGGAUGGUCAAAUAAUCAACUCUUGUAAAGGAGACGCUGUAGUCCUAUCAGUUCCUCCAGAACGAGUUUGUCGAUUUAAUCCGUGUGAAAAGUCUGCUUGUUACACCACCCAAGCUGAGCGCUGUGCUGUGUCUUACGGAUGCAAACCCAUCUUUUUCGGAGUCAAUGGCCAGCGACUUAACUGCAGAGGCAUACUGACGGUGUCAGCAAUGGAUGCAUGCGGCUUUAAUCCUUGCUUUGAAAAAGCAUGCAAAGUUGAUCUCACAGCUCGCUGUGUGACUGACGCACAUUGUAAACCGACCUUCAUUUCCAGGACUGAACGAAUACUGGACGAAUGCGUAGAGGACCAAGACGAGAAUGAUGACGGAAGCGACGAGGAACGCGAUGGGACAGAUACUAACGAGGAAACUGGAGACAAAGAUCCCGACGUUGUAGAUGUCUCGAAUACCGACGACGAUAAUGAUGAUGAUAGCAAUGAAAAUAAUGACGACGAUGAUUAUGACGAUGACGACAAUAAGAGCUACAAACACGUGCACGAGAGACGUAAAUCACACAAGAAAAUUUAUGUCGAGGAUGACGACGAAGAAGACGAUGCUGUCAAGAAGACAAAGACAGUUGAUAAUGAUGACAAUGAGGAUGCUGCUAACUCUAGAAAAAAGACUGAAACUCCUGUGGUUCAAUUAAAUGACGAGUCGUUACAUCAUGGUUUGGUCAGCGGUAUGGGUUCUGAAAUAUCCUUUGUCUCAAAGCAUGGACCGGCUAAGUUCUUCUGGCUAAAGGGAGAUGGCAAGGGUUCGAAAAAUAAUACUGAAAUGCUCGUCAUAGAAGCAGCGGGUAGCAAGAAAUCUUCAGUAUCAUUUCCUCAAAGGUCUCAAAGAUUAAAAUCAGAGAGCAAGUCUAGAAGGUACAACAGGAAAGAGUCACGCGAGCAAAUCGCCUGAAGGAGAAUACGUCCAAAUUUGAAUCUCAGACGCAUUCCAAUCUUAAACUAUCAUUUCACACAGAAAUUCUCUCUUGACCGAUGAAGUUAUGACUUAUUUUCUUUCUUGAACUAUGAAAUGUUUUAAAAGCCUUGUAGGCUGAACAACUUUUAGACAGCUGUACUGUCAACGUAACUUCUUUGCAACUUUUGAAUAAAAGGUUAGUUUUUGUUUUGUUAUGUAUUUUUAUUUUUAAUUGAGGUUUGAAGGUAGAUGCCUGGAACAUAAUCGUAAACAAUCAGACAGUUCUUUUAG